CCGGAAGUUGUCAGUGAGCGCGAGUUUUAGCGGAUCUCUGAGGCGUGGGGUCCACGCUGAGGCAGCCAGUGGCCUGGAAAAGGUGCACUGUUAAAGUGACUCUCGGAGGUGUGCCUCGUGGCAUCUCCUCUGGGUUCCCCAACAUGUACGGGGCACCGUGGAGUUCCUGCUGGCGCAGGGCCUAGGGAAUGAUCUUCCCAAUCACCCUCUUAGCGUUCCGGUGGCAGCGACGGCCUGGAGGCCGUGCCUUGUCCCGCGCUGCCAUGGAAGUGGCCUUCCGAGGAGUACGAAAAGUUCUCUGUGUGGCUGAGAAAAACGACGCAGCCAAGGGGAUCGCCGACUUGCUGUCCAAUGGUCGCAUGCGGCGGAAAGAAGGCCUUUCAAAAUUCAACAAGAUUUAUGAAUUUGACUAUCAUCUGUAUGGGCAAAAUGUUACUAUGAUAAUGACUUCAGUCUCUGGACAUUUGCUGGCUCAUGAUUUCCAGAUGAAGUUUCGGAAAUGGCAGAGCUGCAAUCCCCUAGUCCUCUUUGAAGCGGAAAUUGAAAAGUACUGCCCAGAAAAUUUUAUAGACAUCAAGAAGACUUUGGAGCGAGAGGCACAGCAUUGUCAGGCAUUGGUGAUCUGGACUGACUGUGACAGAGAAGGUGAAAACAUCGGGUUUGAGAUUAUCCACGUCUGCAAGGCUGAUAUGGUGGCUCCUCUGAGGCAGCUCUGUUUGUUUCUCUCGGAUACAGUAACUCAUGACCACAAAGAUGGGACUGUAGAGUUCAACUGGAAAAGAUACCGUCUCUUUAACCACACAGCUUGUCUUGUCAUUUAUCAGUUGUGUAUGGAGGAUCCCAUGGCAACCGUGGUAGAGGUCAGGUCUAAGCCAAAAAGCAAGUGGAGGCCUCAAGCUUUGGACACUGUGGAGCUGGAGAAGCUGGCUUCUCGGAAAUUGAGAAUAAAUGCUAAAGAAACCAUGAGGAUUGCAGAAAAACUCUACACACAAGGGUAUAUCAGCUACCCACGAACAGAAACAAACAUCUUCCCUAAAGACUUAAACCUGGCUGCAUUGGUGGAACAGCAGACCCAGGAUCCACACUGGGGGGCGUUUGCUCAGAACAUUCUAGAGCGGGGUGGCCCCACUCCACGAAAUGGGAACAAAUCUGAUCAAGCUCACCCCCCCAUUCACCCCACCAAAUACAGCAGCGGCCUGCAGGGAGAUGAACGGCGACUAUAUGAAUUCAUUGUUCGCCAUUUCCUGGCUUGCUGCUCCCAGGAUGCUCAGGGGCAAGAGACAACUGUAGAGAUUGACAUUGCCCAGGAACGCUUUGUAGCUCAUGGCCUCGUAAUUCUGGCCCGUAACUACCUGGAUGUGUAUCCAUACGAUCACUGGAGUGACAAGCUCCUCCCUGUCUAUGAGCAAGGCUUCCGCUUUCAGCCCAGCACUGUGGAAAUGGUGGAUGGGGAGACCAGCCCACCCCAGCUGCUUACCGAGGCUGACCUCAUUGCCCUCAUGGAGAAACAUGGUAUCGGUACUGAUGCAACUCAUGCAGAACACAUUGAAACCAUCAAAGCCCGGAUGUAUGUGGGACUCACCUCAGACAAGCGGUUCCUCCCUGGGCACCUGGGCAUGGGACUUGUGGAAGGUUACGAUUCCAUGGGCUAUGAGAUGUCCAAGCCUGACCUCCGUGCCGAGCUGGAAGCUGAUCUUAAGCUGAUCUGUGAGGGCAAGAAGGAUAAGUUUCAGGUUCUAAGGCAGCAAGUGCAGAAAUACAAGCAGGUUUUCAUUGAAGCAGUGGCUAAGGCAAAGAAAUUGGAUGAGGCCUUGUCUCAAUACUUAGGAGAAGGGACAGAGGUGGCCCAGCAAGAAGAGCUCUACCCAGCCAUGCCAGAGCCUGUUCGAAAGUGUCCUCAGUGCAACAAGGAUAUGGUCCUGAAGACCAAGAAGAGUGGUGGGUUCUACCUUAGCUGCACAGGGUUCCCAGAAUGUCGGUCAGCUGUGUGGUUUCCUGACUCGGUGCUGGAGGCCAGCAGGGACAGCAGUGUGUGUCCCAUUUGUCAGCCAUCCCCUGUGUACAGGUUGAAGUUGAAGUUUAAGCGUGGUAGCCUUCCCCCAACCAUGCCCCUGGAGUUUGUUGGCUGUAUAGGUGGAUGUGAUGACACAUUGAAGGAAAUCUUCGGCCUGCGAUUUUCACGGGCCCCAAUAAGAGCUACCCAGCCCUCUGGCCACCUGCAGGCCAGCCAGGUCACCAACAGGAUGGACAGCAGUCAGCAUAAUCUCUCUCAACCUCUGGUCAACAGACAUACUGGACCUUCAAAGGCAAUGGCUCAAACCUUCCUACCACCCACUGCUGCUGGUGAAAGCAACUCUGUGACCUGCAAUUGUGGCCAGGAGGCUGUGCUGCUCACUGUCCGCAAGCAGGGCCCCAACCAGGGCCGGCAGUUCUAUAAGUGCAGUGGUGGUGGUUGCAACUUCUUCCUGUGGGCUGACAGCAACCAUCCCACUGGAGGAGGGCCCCCCACCUCUGCAUCAAGACUCCCCGGCAACUCUGUGGGAUGGUCGUCAGCCUCAGACAGCAACAUGGAUGGGUUUGGCAGCCUUGGCAGUGACAGUGAUGGAAGUACGUCCUGCCUGUGCGGGCAGCCUGUUGUCACACGGACUGUGCAGAAGGAUGGACCCAACAAAGGACGCCAGUUCCACACCUGUGCCAAGCCACGAGAGCAGCAGUGUGGCUUCUUUCAGUGGGUAGAUGAGAACGUGGCCCCAGGGAACUUUACAGCCCCACCAUGGCCAGGAGGCAGAGGAAAAGCCCAGAGACCAGAGGCUACAAGCAAAAGACUAAGAGCUGGUUCCUCAGAUGCAGGAUCUACAGCAAAAAAGCCCCGGAAAUGUAGCCUUUGCCACCAGCCUGGACACACCCGCCCUUUUUGUCCUCAGAACACAUGAGGGCAGGCAAGGUAGAGGACGUUGCCUAGACCAGGAAAUGAGCUAACCGGGACCAGGUGGCCAUCCGGUGUCUGAAAACCUAGGGAUGUGCUGGGUUUGGGGGCUGACCUUCCUUUGUUGAGGAGUCCAUCCAGCUCUGCUUAGGAGUGACUCCAGCUGCUGCACUGCUGAAAGGUCAGUCAUUGUGUAAGCAGAAACUGACCUUGUUGACAUCCGAGCUCUGACUGUGGCUGCUGUCUGCCAAGUGAGAAGCGGGUAGUGCUUCCAGCCAAUACAGGCUCUGUGCAGCUGUCUGAGAAGGAGCUCUCCUAAUGUAUCUGCAGAAGCUACCGUUCCUGCUCCAUCUAGGACACUCAUUGCUCAUGUGCCUUAAUAAAAUACUUCAUCCACUUUUCCUGAUGGUGUGCAGUCUAGGGAUGCCAGCAAGAGCCAGUGAAGGCCACGGGGGCUUCUUCCUGGGACUCCACCCAUCUCAGCACCCUCUUGUCCCAGUUCUUCCCUGCUGUGGCUUGUCCCUUAAAGAUGGCAGAUUGAGACACUGACUUUCGUCCUUCAUACUUUCCAGAAGAGGCCAUGUACUUUUUCCCCCUCAUAAACUUCUAGAAGAGCUGUGCUAGCUUCUCCUACAGUUGAAAAGUGAAAUGUGGAUUGCUCGAGUUGCUAGUUCAUGAAGCAAGUGGAGUUUUCAGGUCUGAGCAGUAGCCUUCACUUAGACCAGUAGCUCUCAGCCUGACCAACAGCAGGCUUUCAACAGUGAGGGACUUGCUCAGUGAGGACAGUUUGCAGCCUGCAUUUAGCAUCUGUCCCUGCCGGGCUGACCUGUUUGAUCACAUAAGAACCUCGUGCCUUCUGUGCCUGGCUUCUUUCCUUUAGCAUAACGUUUACAGGAUUUGUUGAGACUGUACCUCUGCCUCCCGAUUGCUGGGAUUAAAGGUGUGUGCCAC